GUGUAUAUAUCAUAUUCAACAUGCAUCUUUCAGCCAAGGGAGUUUCAAAUUAAAGGAAGAUGCUAACAGUUUUUGAAAUACGAAAAUCCUUCACCUUCAUAACCUUAAUGGUUUCUCUUUGCCUGGAAGGCACUGUUUUAGCACAGAAUGGCCAUCUCCUUGAGGAAGAAAAGAAUGCUCUUCGUGAAGUAGCUGUUCAGUUGGGCAAAAAGGAUUGGGACUUCAACCUAAAUCCUUGUGAUGGGAACUCAAACUGGACAACGCCAAAAAGGAAUGACAUGCCAUGGUACAACAAUUCUGUCAUUUGUAAUUGUUCUUAUCCUGGUGAAGUAUGUCAUGUGGAAAAAAUAUUUCUUAAGGGACAGGAUUUAGCAGGUGUCCUCCCACCCUCCCUGGCAAAGCUACCGUUCCUUAAGACAAUCGACCUGACUCGCAACUACCUCAGUGGUACUAUCCCACCGGAAUGGGCAUUGACCAAAUUGAAGUACAUGUCUGUCACUGUUAACCGUUUAUCUGGGCCUCUACCGGAAUAUCUGGGAAACAUUACUACGCUUGUAUAUAUGUCCCUGGAGAACAACCUGUUUAACGGGAUGGUUCCAGCUGAGCUUGGGAAAUUGACCAAAUUGGAGAACCUCAUUCUGAGUGCUAAUAAUCUCACAGGUGAAUUGCCAAUGGAAUUAAAUAACCUCAAGAAGCUGACAGAACUUAGGCUUAGCAGCAACAACUUCAUUGGAAAGAUACCAAGUCUCUGGAGUUGGACAAACCUCCAAAAGUUAGAGCUGCAGGCCAGUGGUUUUGAAGGACCAAUUCCUUCUAGCAUCUCAGUCUUGAAGAACUUAAGUGAACUAAGGAUCAGCGACUUGAAUGGAGGAGCUUCACAGUUUCCACCGCUAAAGGACAUGAUAAAAAUGAACAAGUUGAUGUUAAGAAGCUGUAAUAUCUCGGGGAAAAUUCCUAGUUACUUGGUGAAGAUGUCAGCUUUGAUGAUUCUGUAUCUGACUGGUAACUUUCUCACUGGGCCAAUUCCAGAUUGGAUCAAGAACAGAGAUGCCAAAUAUUUUGCAGAGAUUAUUUUAAGGGAUAAUCAGUCAUUCCAAAGUCUAGGAAGACGGAUGUUUGAUGUGUAUAUCCAGGGUGAACAGAGACUGAAAGAUUUUGAUAUUGAGCAAGGGGCAAAAGGAGUUGACAAAGUUGUUAAAAGAAAUUUCACAGCAAUGGUGAUAAAUAACACUCUAGAGAUACGUUUUCAGUAUACUGGGAAGGGAACAACAGCUGUCCCAACCCGAGGAACGUACGGUCCUUUGAUAUCUGCUAUUUCUGUGGAAUCUGAUUUCAAGCCUCCAUCUCACUGGAAAAGGAAGAUUUUCAUCUCAACAGGAGCAGGGUUUUUGGCCUUGUUUCUCAUUCUUGCAGUUAUCUUUUAUGCUUGGUGGAAUCAAUAUAUAGGAGAAAGGAUCUCAAGGGAACAAGUUUUAAGAGGGUUAGAUUUGCAUGCCGGUUUCUUCACUUAUAGACAAAUCAAGGCUGCCACAAACAAUUUUGAUGCUGCAAACAAAAUCGGGGAAGGUGGUUUUGGAUCAGUUUACAGGGGCACACUACUGGAUGGUGCAAUUAUUGCAGUCAAGCAGCUUGCUGCCAAAUCAAAACAAGGGAAUCAUGAGUUUGUAAAUGAAAUUGGCCUACUCUCUGGAUUACAGCAUCCAAAUCUUGUGAAACUGUAUGGAUGCUGCAUUGAAGGAAGUCAAUUACUGCUUGUUUAUGAAUACAUGGAGAACAAUAACCUUGCCCGUGCUCUAUUUGGACCAGAGGAAUAUCAGUUGGAAAUGGACUGGCCAAGAAGACAAAACAUUUGUGUCGGUGUAGCAAAAGGACUGGCUUUUCUGCAUGAAGAAUCAACUCUGAAAAUUAUCCAUAGAGACAUCAAAACAAACAAUGUUCUGCUUGACAAAGAUCUUAAUCCAAAGAUUUCCGACUUUGGAUUGGCCAAACUUGUUGAAGAAGAGAACACGCAUAUCAUCACCACAAUUGCUGGAACCAAAGGGUACAUCGCUCCAGAAUAUGUACUAUGGGGUCACUUAACCCAUAAAGCAGAUGUCUACAGCUUUGGCGUCGUUGCAUUAGAAAUUGUUGCUGGAAAGAGCAACAUGAAAUUUAGCCCCAGUGAGAAUUUCUUUUGUCUUCUUGACUGGGCUCUUGUUCUUCAGAAGAAAGGAAGUCUCAUGGAGCUUGUGGAUCCAAGGCUGGGUUCUAACUUCAAUAAAAACGAGGCAGAAAAAAUUAUCAGAGUUGCUCUCUUGUGCACGAGUCCUGCUCCAACACUAAGACCUGCGAUGUCAGAGGUGGUUAGCAUGCUUGAAGGUCAUGUCAAUAUCCAGGAGUUUAACAUGGAUUCACGGAUCCAUGACAGUGAACUGAAGCUUCAAGCACUCAGGGAGAAGUAUGAUGAGUUGUAUGACGAUUUAAGUAAAACUCAGACCCAUGUUCAUCGUACAUCUUCAACAGAGGAAAAAGAGAAUUCCUCUAAAUCUGUCCUGGGUUCUGAUCCACAGGAUUGAUAAAAGAGUGAAUGGCCUAGAUUACAGAAUUAUUAAGCAAGCAGCUGCUCACUUGAGGACCAAACAAAGUGAUUGCAUCAAGCACACACCCUGUGCAUAGCUUUUCGUCUACAAUAAAAAGGAGAAUCCAUUACACUUUGUUCUCAUGCUUCUUCAUGAACAAUAUGGCUGUGUUCACUAUGGAAAAGUAAUGAAAACU